GACCAGUAGUCCCGGGACUUCUGAACUGACAGUGUUUUCUAAUGCAUCUGACUCUAUUUUGGAUAUGUCUUCAUACGGAUCAUAUGUGCCAUGGAGUAAGGGUUCAACGUAUUCAAGAGUCGGGAGUACCGUUUCGUCAAUAGAUCGCCCGUCCAGGACGAGUUACGGCAGCCUCCCCAGGACUUAUGGAACUCCCAGGGCGUCGGUCGAGAGGACGGUCGAGCCGGCGUCGCCGACGCGAAACAAUGCCGAACAACCGAAAUCCUACACCUCGAGAUUUUCGAGAAGCUAUUCGACAGAAAGGAACGCCGAUAGCGUGAAGCCUCCAGAAAUAAGAAAGUACGGAGGUUACACGGCUCCGGAGACGCCCGCCCUCCGUUUGGGCAGUUCGUCCAGAUUCGGCGGGCAAAUCGUCCGAUCCCCGAUUUCCGAGAAAAGUCCAAAUGUUUUCGGGGUCUCGCCUGUGUCCGAGAAAAGCCCGUCUGCGUUCGGGUCGGUCGAGCGAGAACCGGAAAUCGUGACUCUGAUAACGCGAAGCACUUCACCGACUCCGCCUUGCAAUUCGUCAUUUUUGAGAGCAAAAAGGGCCGAAAUGGAGCCCUGUCUAAGACAGGAAGUUCCCAAGCCGAGUUAUCGCCCUUGCAUGGUCAACAGCGAGAUUCAAACGGAAGACCCGAAAAAAACUAGCACCCCGUGGGGCUCGAAGGUGCAGCCACCGAACACCAGGUAUCGGGGUUACAUAAAACCGGAAGAUAAGCCGCCGGAAGAGAAGAAAGAAGCUCCUAGAGUCGGCGGACUGAGCUUUUCCAGGCCGACCGACCUCCCUUUACCACAAAGAACGGCAAAAACGAUCUGUAAAUCCCCUGUAACAGAAACUCCGCCGAAAUCCAAUACGCUGCCUACAUCGGUCCUCACUAAGUCACAAACGCAAGCCUCAGUCAAAUUCCCGGCUCAAGGGCCGAAUAAAGAUUUCAGAAAGUCGAUAUUAAACAUGGAUCUGACGAAAACGACCAAAGCUGAAUCUUCCUCCAGCGAAAGUGAUAGCAGUUCCGAGUCUUCGUCUUCAGAAGAAUCCAGCGACGAAUCGGAAACGACGACGCCCGGCGACUCGAAGAACAAACCGCCCGUGCCCCCGGUGAGGAACGAAUCGAAAACUGCGAUCGCGAAGACGCCGGCGUCUCCUGCACCGGUCAAAGUCACAAUAAAAACGAUUCCAGAACCGGAGAAAACCGUGAAACCAUUCGUACUCAGAAAAUUCGACUCGGGGGAGAGGGCCUGGUGGACGAGCAACAAAGACAUUCCUAAUGCCGCAAACAGUGAGAAAGUACCCGUCAGAUCUGAGGAGGAUGAAAAGAAAUUGUCAAAAACGCCGAGAAUAAAGAGCAUUCAGCCAACCGCUUCCGAAGACGAUUCCAAAAAGAUUCCUAAUUCAAAAUUACUUCAAAAAGUUCCAAGUAGUAUUUCUAUAGGGAAAUCGGAUAGUUCUAAUGUGAAUAUACCAUCAUCAAAAUCGACCAGCGUUAAAGAAGACAGGCCUAAGACUUUACAGCUUAGAAAAUUCGAUUCCAGUGAUGAUCCUUCUUCUGCCGGCAUAAGAGACCCGCAAAACUUGAUGAACGGAGGUUCUUCAGGCGAGCUUAAAGAUAAAACACAGUCUUCUCCAAGCGAGGUUAAACUGAAAUCCAACGCUUUACAAAAAUCGAAGAGCUACGCAGUGAAAACUUUAAGCAAUUCCAAACUCUCCAUAGACGAGAAAAGCUCGAGUAUAUCGAAGAGUAACGAGUUAAUAAAUGACAAGUGCGAUUCGGAAUCGAAAAUCCCUCUCUCCCGGAGCACAAGCGGACUUCAACGCACUGGAAGCAACCUUUCGGACCUCACGAGCGACGAGGAGGUACGGAAACUCGUUAAAACUCCAAGCGCAAAAAAUCUACCCAGAAGUCCGAGUUCUCUCGGCCUCAGCGGGAAACCCCCCAUUAAAAGAUCAGAAUCCAAAGACCAACUCGAACACACACCGGGGUUCAAUAGAAUUCACAAGAAGCUUGGGUCCAAUUCUGAUCUGCCCAACGGCGAAGGAGUCUGGUCACCGACAAGCGGCACAAGGAGGAUGCUGGUCAGGGUUGAAUCCGGCGAGAGGGAUUGGUGGUUGAGCGACGAAGAAAAAGCCGAGCAGAAGAAAAAAGCAAGAAAACCCUCGGAUAAGGUGUGGAUCGGUUCGUUCACGAAUAUUGACCACGUCCUGGGAAAUCAAGCGCCUCCGCCCGCAGCUUUCCGGACUCCUGACAAUUCUUCCGAUGAUUCCGAUUCCUGCGACGACUACUGCUUUGAAGUGAACCCCGACCAAGUCAAGAUACACGACAGCACGGCCAAAGUACCUGUGAUUCAAAAGAGAGGAAGAAAGCUGGACGAUACUGCGCUCCAACUCUACAAAGACGGCGAUUAUGGUUCUUACCUCGAUCUGGACGCUUCUAUCAACGAACAGCAAGAGGAAUUCGAUUCUUUUAACUCCAACAGAAAGAAUUCAAUCGUUCUACGAACGCAGCUUUCAGUGAGGGUUCAUACCAUAAUCGAAAAAUUGUUGAACUCUGAAGGGAGAGAAUUAAGAAGAGCUUUGUUUUCCCUUAAGCAAAUAUUUCAGGAAGAUAAAGAUUUGGUGCAUGAAUUCGUCCAAAAUGAUGGCCUUGCUUGUCUCAUAAAAGUAGGAUCUGAUGCGGAUCAAAACUAUCAAAAUUACAUACUAAGAGCCUUGGGCCAAGUCAUGCUUUAUGUAGAUGGCAUGAACGGAGUGGCUGAGCAUCCAGCAACACUUCAAUGGCUGUACAACCUUGUAUCUUCCAAAUUCAGACUAGUAGUAAAGACGGCUCUUAAAUUGUUGCUUGUGUUCGUCGAAUAUGCUGAGACUAACUGCAUUCUACUUGUAAAAGCAAUCAAAGCUGUUGAUUAUGUUCACACGACUAAAGCUUGGAGCAACGUCAUGGCUUUAAUGAAGGGCUACGAUGCUGCAGAUACCGAACUUUUAAUCUAUUCCAUGACCUUAAUUAAUAAGACUUUAAACGGGUUACCGGACCAAGAUAUGUACUAUGACCAGGUUGACGCUAUUGAAGAACAAGGGAUGGAAUCCAUCAUUCGAAUGUUCAUGGCAAAACAAGGAACUGAUUUGGACCUAUUAAGACAGUUUCAAAUUUACGAGGCUGUUCUUCAUCACGAAGAUGGGGAUGAAAAGGGAACUCCACUACGCCAGUUAGAUGAAACAAUUAGGAAGAUUAUAAUAAACAGGAAAAGCCUAACAAACGGUAAUGUCGAUAGAAGGAAAUCUAGGAGAUUUUCGACAGGAAAUAGUCCAAUAGCAUUGUCGCUGUCCUCCAAGGUUUUAACCGCAACGUCUCCAAUCGCCUCGGAGGAUAUUUACAAAUUAAACGCAGAAGGAGCAGGAAUGACGCCGAGUCUGAGAAGGAGGAGAGAAAGAGCCGAGCGGCAAAAAAGUUUCAUAAGGGAACAGACUCAGGCAAAGGGGCUGCCCAUUGUGAUUUCUGGGUUCGGUUCUCCCUCCGAACAAUCAAAUGGCUAUUCACCCUCUGAAGACAGUAAUAACAAUGAUACAAAACAUCACAACAACACUUCAUAUGAAAACCAAUUUAAUAACAUUAACAAUAAUAAUAAUAAUAAUUUUGAAGGAGUAAAAUUAGAUCUCAUCUCUCAGACGGAUGAAAAAAAAGAUCCUAAGGAAAAUGUGGAUGUGGAAGAUGGCAAAACUAACGGAUACGCUGUCAUGAGAGAAGGCACUGUGAAAGAUCUCACACAAAAAUUAGCGAAUACGCUGAACAGCCCGAGUGAUGAUUCUAAAAACCCUUUUGGAGAUAUGAAAGGAAUAAUAUCUAAAGCAAAAGAAGAAUUGGCAAAAUCGCAAUUGAGAGGAGACUGUCCGAGGAGUCCAACAAGUGCCGAUAUCCUGGCUAGAAAUCAGCCUUUGGAAAUUAAGAAAUCGGAGACUGAACUUCACUGGGAUUCUCUCAAGGAGAAUUCAACAAGAGCACUUCAUCUGAACGACCUGGACUUUACAGACCUCGCUAGUGAUGAGGAAAGGGAUUUAUUGGCUCCAGCCGGCAUCGGUAACGGUGCUCCUCCUCCACCACCGCCGAUCAUCGCCCCUCCACCCGCACUCUGCCCACCUCCGUCCAUCGGUGGUCUUCCACCACCCCCUGCACCGAAUCUAAAUCAAACUUCAUCAAAGAAAACUAAAAAAACAUUAAAGCUGUUUUGGAAGGAAGUGAGAGAUGAUCCUAUCGUAUUGGCAAAAAUGAGCAAUGAACGUCUUCUCUGGGAUGAAUUAAGUACCGUUGCUAUCGACACACAAAAACUGGAACAUUUAUUUGAAUCUAGGGCUAAAGAUCUGAUAACAAAGGAGAAACAGCAAGAAAUGAACAAAAACAAAGAAGUGAUCGUGUUAGACCACAAGAGAUCAAAUGCAAUUAACAUAGGAAUGACGAAACUCCCGCCUCCGCGUUCAAUAAAAACGGCAAUCUUGAAAAUGGAUGCAACUAUUAUGAAUAGAGAAGGGAUCGAGAAAUUGUUAACUAUGCUGCCGACAGAAGAGGAAAGGUCGAAAAUUCAAGAAGCACAAUCUGCAAAUCCUGAAUUGCCCCUCGGCAGUGCGGAACAAUUUCUUCUGACUUUAGCUUCAAUAUCGGAACUCCCUGCACGUCUAAAGCUCUGGGCUUUUAAACUCGAUUACGAGAACCUGGAAAAGGAAAUAGCAGACCCUCUAAUGGAUUUAAAACAGGGAAUGGAAACGCUUAAAGUCAAUAAGACUUUCAAAGCUAUUUUAGGAACUCUUCUUUCGAUUGGAAUCUUCCUCAAUGGAUCUGAAGUAAAAGGAUUUCAAAUAGAAUAUUUAUCAAAAGUUCCAGAAGUAAAAGAUACAGUUCAUAAGCACACGCUUUUACACCAUCUCUGUCAUAUGGUCAUGGAAAAAUUCCCAGACUCGACUGACUUAUACUCAGAGAUCGGCGCCGUAACAAGGGCUUCCAAAGUAGAUUUUGAAGAAUUGGCUGCCAACAUAAACAAAAUGGAACAAGAGUGCAAAGCAUCUUUUGAUCAUUUAAAAGUAAUAUCCAAGCAUGACGGGACGACAAGUAUGAAACUGAAAGUUUCAGAUUUUCUGGCUGACUGUGCCGAGAGGAUAAUCGUUAUAGACAAAAUUCAUCGGAGAGUCAUCCAUAGAUUUCACAAAUUCUGUUUCUGGCUAGGCAUUCCGAUGCAUCGAGUGGGAGUGACCAAGCCGAACGAACUCUGCCGAAUAAUUUCAGAAUUUGCCCUCGAAUACAGGACGACGAGAGAAAGGGUGAUCCAGCAGCUGGAAAAGAAGGCCAGCCACAGGGAGAGGAAUAAAACCAGAGGAAAGAUGAUAACCGAGGUCGGCAAGUUUAAAAGUCAUGAAGACAAAAAAGAUGCAGAAUUAAAAGAGCUUUUAGGCAAUGGAAAUGUCGACGGUAAAGAAUCAAAGACAACGCUCCAAGGCACACCAUUAUGGAGGAGGACCAAAAGAGAUUCUGUUUUAGCCAUCAGCCCUUCUGUCGAUGGGAGUAAUGGUAAUCUGACAGACGGAGAUGAUGAAAUUCUUGAAACCCUCGUCAAGACUGCAACCAAAUCUGUUGCAAGGACAACUCCAAGAGAAAGGAAAAGGACGCGAAAUGCAGACCGUAAAUCCUUGGUGAAACGGUCAAGAACAAGAGAAAAUCUUGUCAGCACCAGCCCAGUUAGCAGAUGAGGAGAACAUUGAGGAACGGGCUAUCAGAAGAAGACAGAAAACAUCUUGCUGCUUACAUUAAAGGCUAUUAAAAUUUACCAUACUUUUAAAACAAUUAAAUUUGCUUGAAGUGACAAAUGACACACAAAUGAAUUAACAUUUAAAGAAUGGAUCGAGGAUAAAAUGGAAGUAAAGGUAAAAGAUAAAAAGUUCCUUUUUUAUAAGAGUUGUGUAAGAUGAAAUGUAUCUUAAAACAAAUGAAAAGCAAAUGAAAUAUAAGAAUAAAGAACGGCUGUCCAAAAUAAUUUGAAACUUUGUGAUAUUAACUUGUUUAUUUGUAAGAGAGUUUUCUCAGACUUUGUUCAUUUUUAAAUUGUUAUGUAUGAAU